AUUUUUCUGGGUUUCAUAAAACGGUCUUACUAUCAACUAAGUUUUUGUAAACAAAUAUUAACACAGCUUGUAUAUUAGAAAAAUGAGCAGAAGGAAGUGGGACGCUUCCGAAGAGGACAGAUUCAUCGACAUCUGGAUCCACAACUUGCAUCUGUUCGAGCCUGGCAAGAAACUGACGGAAACCUAUGCGCAACUGGAGCCCUAUUUUCGAGAUGUUGGCGUGGAGAUCAAUGUCCAAGGAAUAAAGUCGAAAAUGGAAUCCCUGAAGCGGAAGUAUUUCAAUUUGCUACACUCCGACCAAGAAGACCAAGCUAUCACCUGGAGGCACUUCGAUGCGAUGGCUCUGGUGGUGAGAGCAUCUGCCAACGAGGUGAAGGAUUCGGAAUGGAAGGACUAUACGCAGCCAGCAAAGACGCCUCAUAAAACGCGUUCCUCUGCUUAUAUGAAAAAUCCCGCACAGCGUAUCAAAUAUGAGACACCAUUCAAAACUGUCUUCGUGGAUGAAAGUGCUGUGAACUAUUUUAACGAUGAGGAAAUGCCCAACGCCAAAAGAGUUAGAAAAAGAUUCAGCAAAAGUAGCAACGUUAGAGUAAAGGGGCGAAGAGUUUGGCAGCCGGCGGAGGAAUGCAUAUUCGUUGAUGUCUGGGAAAAGUUCGCCAGUCAUAUACAGAGUGAUAGGAAGAAAAUGGAUGUCUACAAGGAUAUGCAUAAUGAACUGCAGCUGCGUGGUGUUGGUAUAUUACCGGGCGAUGUCAAAUCCAAAAUUGAAUCACUUAUGCGCACGUUUAGAGCACAGCGAGAUUCGGUGGGAGAUAAGUCUGAGUGGAUUCAUUAUUCGAAGAUUUUAAAGAUCCAGACUCCUAUUGAUUUCACCAAGCUGGAUGUAUUUUCCGAGCACAGUAGCAGCUACGAAGACGAUGCAUCCUGGUUCAAAGAAUUGGAGCCGAAAUCGGAUCCCGAUCCUACCAGCCAUCCACCGAGCUCUAGCGAUUCCGUUGUCAAUCAAUUUGACAAUAAAACUCAGCCGAGCUCUCCCGCGUGCAGUGAAGUUUGUUUUUGGUCUGAUCCUGAACCCACACACUGCAAGGUGUCUAUUGAAAUGUUGGACCAAGAUGAGUCGACAAAGCAGUUCGAAUCUCCCUCCAUCGAAAAGCAUAAGGCUGCCGAAGAAUUUAGUCAAUUUGUAACAAAAGAGCUAGCCGUCUUGAAUGAUGAUUUGCUAAUAGAAGCAAAACGCCAAAUAUACAAUAUCAUAUGUCUCAUGCAGAAGGAACAGAAUGAAGUAAAUAAAAAAUCAUAUUGACCAAUUAAA